AUGCUCAGACAAGUACAGAGAUUAGUGAAGCCAGUCAGAUGUCUUGUCGCCGUCCAGCCGCAUGAGAUUUUGAAGCUUGGAAAAACUGCGACGCUCAAAGAAAUCACCUUUGCCUACAUGGCUCUUGCAAAAGUCCAUCAUCCAGAUUACGGCGGAGAUCCGGAAGAUUUCAGAAUUGUCAAUCAAGCCUACAGGGCGAUGAAGAAGAAAUUCGCUCAAGGGUUGGAAAUUGCAGAUGCAAAAACUUCGCCGUAUUCCGUCGACGCAGAUUUCUUCAUUUUGGGAAGAGAAGAACAAGAGUGGGAAGCAAAGACGGAGAAGAUUUUGAAUCUCUUCAGGGAGCAUUUAGUCCUCUCUCGUGGAUCCGGGCAAGCUGGAAGAGAUGAAUUCGCAGAUUUCGAACUGAAGCUUCUUCAAGCGCCGCAUUUGACGGAUGGAUUCUUGAGCUUCUACUGCUUCUAUCUUCACAGCAUUACCGUCAAUAAGAAACUGCAGCUGACGACGCUGAAGUUGAUAGAUUUCGCGAUCGGGAAAGUUUUUUAUGUUCAUUUGGAAGACAAACUCUGCAAAAACUACAGAUAUUACAUCGUUGAGGAAGACGACUUUAUAGAAGUAACGCUAGAUGGACUCAGUAAGCCGAUUUACGUCGGACACGAUAUUCCAAUCGACUAUCAAAAUAUUGAGCAAAGCAGACAUCCUCUUGUGGCUGAUAUCAUAGACGAAAUUUACUAUUUUCUCGAUGACGAAUAA